AUGUCAAACAUUCAAGUAGUUGUUCGUUGUCGUGCAAGAAAUGACAACGAAGUUAAGGCGAACUCGCCAAUUGUGGUUGAAUUAGCAGAUGAUCUUUACUCGGCGUCUGAGCCAUUCAUCACCAUUCAUCAACCAAUUUCAAUCAAUAAUAACAAUAGUUCCAACAGGAGAUCAAUAUCGCCAUUGAUACAGAAUCAAAAAACGUAUAAGGUGGAUCAAAUUUAUGGCUCACAAGCUGACCAACAAUUGCUAUUUGAAAAUGUUGCAUUACCACUCUUGAAUGAUUUCAUUAAUGGAUAUAAUUGUACCAUCUUGGCAUAUGGACAAACUGGUACUGGAAAGACAUACACCAUGUGUGGUGGAGCUGACUUUACUACGAAUUUAGAAAUUUGUGAACUGGCGGGAAUAAUUCCAAGAAUCCUUUCAGAAUUAUUUGCAAAACUUGCUAAGCAUACUGAAGAUUAUAUGGUUAAAUGUUCCUAUAUUGAACUAUAUAAUGAAAAUUUAAAAGAUUUAUUACAAGAUGAGAAUAAUAAGGGUAAUAAUUUAAAAAUAUUCGAACAAAAUAAUUCCAAGAACCCAAACCAGAACAACUCAAUAAAGAUUCAUAACCUAAGUGAGCAUUGUAUUGGUAGUUUUCAAGAAGGACUCAAAUACCUAAAAAUGGGAUUAAAUCGAAAAAAGACAAGUAGUACCAAGCUUAAUGAUGUUUCUUCUAGAUCACAUACAAUCUUUUCCAUAACUUUAUACACAAAAUCGUGGUCUCAAGAAGACAAGUAUCGGGUAUCUAAAUUAAAUUUAGUUGAUUUAGCUGGAUCUGAAAAUAUCUCUAGAUCAGGGUCAAUGGUAAAAGAGACUGGUUCUAUCAACCAAUCGUUGUUAACAUUAGGUAGAGUUUUUAAUGCACUCAGUGAUCAACAAGCUUCAGCACAACAGCAACAAUCAUCAGCAUCUUCUGUUACUUCAUCCAAUUCAAAACAAAACCAUAAUCACAUUCCAUACCGUGAAUCCAAGUUAACUAGAUUAUUACAAGAAUCCAUUGGUGGAAAUACCAAAACAGCAUUAAUUGCCACAAUUUCGCCAGCAAAAAUCAAUAUUGACGAAACCUGCUCUACUUUAAGUUAUGCAAGUAAAGCCAAAAACAUCAAGAAUUUACCUCAAACUGGACAUGAUUCUGAACAAGUCAUGAAGAAGAUUUUGGUGCUGAAUUUAUCUGAAGAGAUAAAUAGGUUGAAUUUUGAUUUGAUUGCAACUAGACGUAAGAAUGGGGUAUAUUUGGAUGAUGAUAAUUAUCAAAAGUUGAUUGAUGAACAGGAAGCUUUGAAGACGAUGGUAAAAGAGCAAUCAUUGAAAAUUGUACAAUUAUCUAAUAAAUGUGAACAAUUGGAUGGUUGUAAACAAGAAUUAAGAAAGGCUAAUACACAAAUUGAAAUAUUAAGUAAUGAACGUGAUCAGUAUCAGAAACAACAAAAUCAAUUGACUAUAGAUUAUGAGUGUUUAAAAGAACAAAACACGGCGAUGAAACAAAAGGUAAAGAAAGUACAUGAGACAUAUAAUAACUCAACCGAUUUAUUAGUCAAGACAAUUUUUAGGACGAUUCAAGACACCAUUGAGUCUUCGAAGAAAUUAAUGACUUAUAGGACGCAUGAUCAGAGCAAUGUUGUCGAUAGUUUAACUAAAUUUGAAUCUCAAUUAACUGGAAAGAUUCAGAAAUAUAAUGAUUCAGUGUCAGGAACAAUAGAGAAGUAUAAUCAGAAGAUUUUACUGUUUCUUACGGGUGAUAUACGUUCCUUAUUGGACCAUUAUACUGGACUUUAUGAAAAGAUACUAGACUCUGAGAAACAAUUAACAUCACAAGCUCAUGAUCGUAUAGUUGAAUUGGAAUUUGCUAAUGAGGAAUUCACCAGGUUUUUGCGAAAUAAACAUUUGACUGAAUCUAUGCAAGUAAAAAUUUCCCAAACAUCUAUCGCAAUGGUUAAUGAAAAGAUCCAAGAGUUCAAAAGAAAGACCACCAAAGCAGUUAAUGAAGCAGUUAAUGAUAUUAUCACGAAGCAAUCUGGCCUGAUCUUAAAUCAAAUCACUGAAUCACAACACGAGAUAAUCAAUUCUGACCUCUCACAAGAACGAAAUAACUUGUACACUCAGGAAUCUAAAUGGAAAGACAAAUUUGCGGAAAUGCUCUCGGGAAUUCAAGGCCAUAUACAAGAUCAUGGCAGCCUUAUUGAUUCCCAUCAUGAAGAAGUUAAAUCUUUGUCUCUCAAUAAUAGGAAAAAUAUUGACGAAUUGAAGGAGAUGGCUGAGAAGUUCAAAUUAUCAAAUGAAGUGGGCAAUCCGCCUGAUUUCUCUGCCUCUUUUGCAGAAGUUUCAAAGGCUGUUGAAGUUGAUAAUGAAGAACUAAUUAAUGUCUUGACUGAAUCCAAUGAGAAACUUGAACAGAUUAAAGAAAUCGACAUGAAGAAUCAAUUUGUGGUUUCACCAAUACGACCUACACCAACCAGAUCUCCAUCCAAGAAGGGUAGAAAGAGAAGCCACUCAGUAUCUCCGAUCAAGAUUCAAAGACUGCUGUUGGAUUUACCGGGUGGAGUGUCUACUAAUAUACCGAGAUUGAAAAAGUCUAAAUCAUUAUGUCAGGACAACAUUAAUGAGAAAGAGAAUCAAACAAGUGGUCAAGAGGACAAUAGAACCCAGAAGAAAAGAAGGAUGGUAAUUAUGAAGGAUGAACUUAAUCUACUAAGUUAA